UCUUUUUAAUCAAGUAUGCUACCAUUUAUAAGAAUUCUUCUUCCGGUUUCUCACAGAUUCUGUUUUUUUUUUAGUUUUAAAGUAUCAAAGAAUAUAAGUAAUAAACAUGUCUGACGAAGAAGAUUAUGAUUCAUCUGAAGAUGAAGAUUAUGUUCCAUCUGAUGGCGAAGCAGUGUCGGAGGAAGAGAAUUCUGGGGAGGAAGAAAAUCUUGAUGCUUUAAAAGAGGAUGGGGAACCAGUCAGUACAGGCAAACGAAAGCGGAAACCAGUUAAACAAAAGCAGACAAUGUCAAGGAAGAGAGUUGGUGGUAUAAAGCUAGAUAAUGAGACAGUUGUGGAAGAGGACAACACUAAUAAAGAUUUAGCUGAACAGAUCAAAUUAGAACAAGAGGAGAAGAAGAAAGAGCAGGAGAAGAAGAGAGCCGAUGAUUUGUGGUCCAGUUUUAUGUCAGAUGUUGGAAAAAGACCAGAGAAGAAGCCUGUUGCCUCAACUGGAUUAGGAACGCUGUCAAGUUCUAUUGGCAAGACGACCCCAAACAAAGGAGCUGCUACUGAAACAAAAACUGUGGUAGAAGCUGCAAAACCUAGCCCAGCAACAUCACAAAAAUCCACAAUUACAGUUACCAAAGUUUAUGAUUUUGCUGGUGAAUCAGUAAAAGUUACAAAAGAAAUAGAUGUUAACUCUAAGGAAGGUAAAGCAGAAUUAAAGAAGCAGAACUGCCAGGAAGAUGAGCCUCAGGCUGACGAGAAACCUGUUAAAACUACUCCUUUAGGGAUAAAGAGACCUGGUGGGGGACUUGGAGGUGUACUGGAAAAAAUAAAUAAAAAGCCAAAACUGGGGACAUUGGAGAAAUCCAAACUAGAUUGGGAGGACUUUAAAGAAAAAGAAGGAAUUGAUGAGGAGCUGAAAAUACAUAAUAGAGGAAAACAAAGUUACAUAGAGAGGAUGAAUUUUCUAUCAAGAACUGACCAAAGACAAUUUGAACUGGAGAAAAGUUUGCGACUGGGCACAUCUAGCAGCAAGAGAUGACAUGGCUGACACUGCAGAGACAAUUAUGAACGUUUCAAUCUCUAAAUUUACGGACCGAUUUCAACAGUGACAUUGUUAAAUAGGUUGUUUUAUCAAAGAACCAGUUUAAAACAAUUAAAAUUUUCUACUCUAGUGAUUGUUAACUGUGUUGUGUAAAAUUAUGGUCUAACUAUCAUUUGAAGAUACUUUUCAAAUCAAAGUUAAUUUUUUUGAUGAAAUUUAUCAUGCCAUAUGGUCCCAUACAUUUGGGAUUGUCCCAAAAUGGAGGGAUUGUCCGGGAAAUAGAGGGUCUGUCCCUGAAAUGUACAAUGUACAAGUAAGAAGUAAAUUUUCUCAUUUCCUAUCACAGAUUACAGAUCAUUAAAAACAUAAGUUUAAGUAUGUUUAAAAUUUGUUUCUUUACACUUCAUUCAUGUGUCCAUUUUUAGCUCACCUGUCACAAAGUGACAGGGUGAGCUUUUGUGAUCGCUUUGCGUCCGUCGUCCGUCUGUCCGUCGUCCGUAAACUUUUACUUUAAAUGACAUCUCCUCAUAAACCACUAGGCCAAUUUCAUCCAAACUUCACAGGAAUGUUCCUUUGGUGGUCACCUUUAAAAAAAUUUCAAAAAAUUUAAUUCCAUGCAGAACUCUGGUUGCCAUGGCAACCGAAAGAAAAAACUGUUAAAUAUCUUCUUUUAAAAAACCCUAAGAGCUAGAGCUUAGAUAUUUGGCAUGAAACAUCUUCUAGUGAGUGUCUACCAAGUUUGUUCAAAUAAAAGCCCUGGGGUCAAAAUUGGCCCCGCCCCAGGUGGUCAUUGAUUUUCCCUAUAUGCAUAUAGUAAAAACUUAAAACUCUUCUGUAAAGAACCCAAAUAGUAAAAACUUAAAAAAUCUUCUGUAAAGAACCCAAAGAGCUAGAACUAAGAUAUUUAGCAUGAAACAUGUUCUAAUGAGUGUCUACCAAGUUUGUUCAAAUUAAGCCCUGGGGUCAAAAUUGGUCCCGCCCCAGGGGGGCAUUGAUUUUCCCUGUAUGCAUAUAGUAAAAACUUUAAAAAUCUUCUUUUAAAAAACUCAAAGAGCUAGAGCUAAGAUAUUUAGCAUCAAACAUGUUCUAAUAGGUGUCUACCAAGUUUGUUAAAAUAAAAGCCCUGGGGUCAAAAUUGGCCCCGCCCCAGGGGUCAUUGAAUUUCCUAAUAUGUGUAUAGCAAAAACUUAAAAAAUCUUCUUUGAAAAAACCCAAAUAGCGAGUGUUUAGAUAUUAAGCAUGAAACAUCUUCUAUUGAGUGUCUACAAAGUUUGUUCAAAUAAAAGACCUGGGGUCAAAAUUGGCCCGGCCCCGGGGGUCAUUGAUUUUCCUUAUAUGUGUAUAGCAAAAACUUAAAAUCUUCUUUGAAAAAACCCAAAUAGCUAGAGUUUAGAUAUUAAGCAUGAAACAUCUUCUAGUAAGUGUCUACAAAUUUUGUUCAAAUAAAAGCCCUGGGGUCAAAACUGGCCCCGCCCCAGGGGUGUCAUUGUUUUUAACUAUAUGUGUAUAGUAAAAACUUAAAAAAAAAUCUUCUUUUAAAAAGCCCAAUGAGCUAGAGCUUAGAUGUUUAGCAUGAAACAUCUUCUUAUGAGUGUCCACCAAGUUUGUUCAAAUAAAAGCCCUGGGGUCAAAAUUGGCCCCGCCUCAGGGGGUCAUUGAUUCUCCCUAUAUGUAUGUAGUAAAAACUUAAAAAAUCUUCCUUUAAAGAACUCAAAGAGCUAGAGCUAAGAUAUUUAGCAUCAAACAUGUUCUAAUAGGUGUCUACCAAGUUUGUUCAAAUAAAAGCCCUGGGGUCAAAAUUGGCCCCGCCCCGGGGGUCAUUGAUUUUCCUUAUAUGUGUAUAGCAAAAACUUAAAAAAUCUUCUUUGAAAAAACCCAAAUAGCUAGAGUUAAGAUAUUAAGCAUGAAACAUCUUCUAGUGAGUGUCUACAAAGUUUGUUCAAAUAAAAGCCCUGGGGUCAAAAUUGGCCCCGCCCCGUGGGUCAUUGAUUUUCCUAAUAUGUGUAUAGCAAAAACUUAAAAUCUUCUUUGAAAAAACCCAAAUAGCUAGAGUUUAGAUAUUGAGCAUGAAACAUCUUCUAGUAAGUGUCUACAAAGUUUGUUCAAAUAAAAGCCCAGGGGUCAAAAUUGGCCCAGCCCCAGGGGUGUCAUUGUUUUUAACUAUAUGUGUAUAGUAAAAACUUUAAAAAAUCUUCUUUUAAAAAGCCCAAUGAGCUAGAGCUUAGAUGUUUAGCAUGAAACAUCUUCUUAUGGGUUGGGGGGGUGGGGGCUAUAUACAGGUGAGCGACCUCAGGGCCAUCAUGGCCCUCUUGUUGUAUGUCUGUUGGUGUUUUUAUCUAUUUUUGUUGUAAGAAAAAUGGCUUAUUCCUUCAAGAAGCACAAGUUUAAGAUCUGAACCAAUAUAGUACUAGUUUGUAAGUUAGUUCACUAGUACCUUCAUUUAAGAAAUGUAACUUUACCAUCACAUAUUCUUGUAUAUAGACUCCUGAUGACAGAUACAGGUUGUGUGUCUAAAAGAAUUUCAAAGGAGAGAGUAAAAUAUUAUGUUACAUGUAUGCAUUCCUGCUUUAACCGGUACUCUGCUGGAACCAAAAGUGAUAAGGCUUUGUCACCAGUAUAGAGGCAGGCAAGCCUCAGAUUGACUAGGAUUUAUACUGUUUGUUGACGGACUUAAGACUUUCGUCCUGAUUCAUAUAAAUAAUGGUGGACUUCGUGGCCAAGUGGUUAAGGUCGUUGAUUUCAAACCACUUGCUUCUCACUGCUUUAGGUUUGAGUCACGCUAGGGUCUUCGUAUUCUUCAUGCAAGAAAACUAUCCAUCUAGCCUACAGAACGUCAGUGGUUCUCCUCGGGUGCCUGUUUGUGCCUGAAAUAAUGUACAGAGGGACACCUGAGCUCUUCCUCCACCAGUAAAGCUGGAAAGUCACCAUAUAGUCUAUACUGUAUUGGUGCGACAUUUAACCCAAUGAACAAAUAUUGAUGAUGGACAGUUAAAAAAAAUACAAGUCACAAGUGGGACUAGCCCAUUUAAGAAAUUCAGCAGGUUAAGGGUUAAGAAAAAAUCAUAACUAUGUGCUUUAAGAAAAUCAGUUAAUUCCAGAUUUAAAAGGCAUAAACAUUGAUAUCAGUUUUGUAAUAUUUUCAUACAUUCAUCAAAUCAUCUGACAGCAUUGUUCAUCUUGUCAUUGUGUUUAUUUCUGUAUCAAAUUGUGUAUGAAUAAAAUUAUUAUUUUGCAACA